CGACCAUGAACAAACAGGACGUACAGCUGGUGAACGAAGGGGAUAUAGACCAUCUUGUGGCUCGUCUGGAGGCACACGGCCCAAUCACAGCGAAGUCGAGGUGUCUGCUGCUUCUGAUUCAGCGCGGCGUCAACACGUGCAAGCAUUGGAUCUACGCAAGCCCCGACACGUCGAAGCCGCUAGUGUCUAUUGUAAUUACGUUGGCCGCGCCUGACUUGCACGUGGUCGACGCCUUCGCGCCGGAGGACGUAGCCAGCAUGCGUCGCCUAGCUGCCGCCAUGCUGGCGCCUGAGCUGCACGAGCGCCUGUGGCGGGUGCCGUUCCGUGCCGACUGCUGGCCCUGCUACCUGGAGCCGGUGCUGGACUACGUCCGUCACCAGAGAGAGUUCAGCUCCAGACUCAUCGAAGCCAACACGUUGUUCGUCAAGGAGGCGUCUUCGCCGGCCGAGGAUGUGCUGACCCGCUGGUGCGUGUGCUCAUCUGCCUGGGAGAAAGGAGAGGCAGCUCUGGAUCUGGGUUGA